AUGUUUCAGCUGCUUCGAGAGGAGUUCACAACGGACGCGAGGCUCGCCACGGCAGUCGCCGCCUUGCGCCCGCCAGGGGCGCUCGAGGCCGUGUUCUUAGCGGGGCUGCUGGCCCCCCUACCCCAAGAAUGCCCAAAGGACCUUAGCCGUGAACUGUGCAAGCAAUUUGAUCCUGUGCAGCUGAUGGUCGCGUUGACAGAGGUGUUCAUCACCGCCGAGCAGCAGGCGGCGGCGCGCGGGGCCGUUCUCGGGGCGGAGGGGCGCGCGGCGCUCGCGGCGUGGCCGGCGCUGCUGGCGAGCGCGGCGGGGGCCGCUUGGGACGUAAUCUGUUCGCGCCUGGCCAAGGGCGGGGACGCCGCGCUCCCCGCCGCCUCGCUGGCGGGGCUCCUGCCCAUCGCCGUGCGGCAAGACGCAGCGGCCAUGGCAGCGCUCGCUGCUGCGGCCGCGGCGCACGCAGCGCGCGUCUUCCCGCUGCUUGCGGCGUCUGCGCGUGUGCCUGGCUUGGAGCCGCAUGUGCCGUUUUGGAUCUGGCGUGCGAUUCGCGAACUGACCAUCGCUGGCCCCGUCGACGCUAUCUUGGAAGCCUGCGGCGGGGUGCUGGCAAGGCAUGCGCUUGGCUUCAUCGGCCAGUCCGCCCGCCGCGUGCGCGGCGCCGAGGUCGACGGAGGCCCAUACGUUCUUGCAGCGACCUCACAAGCCGCGCGCUUCCUGGUGCACGCGACCAAGGCUGAGCUGCAACCUGGCGCCGCGCUGCGCGUCAGCUGCGUCGCGGCCGCGCCGGGCGCGGCAGCUGCGCUGGUCUGCGGCGCACGAAUGGGGCUUGCGGCGGUGCGCGCCAAGGGAGACGCCGCCUGCGUCGAGGGCCUUAUCCUGGCCAACAUAUUUCAGUUGAUGGCAAUGGUGGCUUUCGUUGAGGCUCGGGUGGACCACAGCACCGGCGGCGGCGGCGGUGGUGGCGGCGGCGGUGGUGGCGAGGACAGGAUUAGGGCCGGCAGCUGGCUGGGGUUGCUGCACGCCUUGGGGGCUCUGCCGCUGGUCGCCAAUGCGCUGGCCGUGCCGGGGCUUGCGGGCGAACGCAAGGCUAUGACUGCACUUGCUGCGGCAGUGCUGGCUUACAGCUCUCCUGAGCAGCAGCAGGACCUGCAGCGGCAGCAGCAGCAGCACGCGCAGCACGCGCAGCACGCGCAGCACGCGCAGCACGCGCAGCACGCGCAGCACGCGCAGCACGCGCAGCACGCGCAGCAGCAGCAGCAGCAGCAGGCGUUAACCGCGGGCGGCACCGAAACAGACGCGACAGACGUGCGGCGGCGCGCCUGGGUGGCACUGGUGGACGUGCGCACCAACACCAGCGUUAGGGUGAUGCGGCUGCUCUGCGACUUCCAGCGGGCGGGCAGGGGCGACCUGGCUGCGACGCCGGGGGCGCUCGCGUUUGCCGCUUCCCAGGCAGCAAGCCUGGACGCCCGCGAGGCGGACAAGGGGGCUGACCUCCUGAGAGUCGUCGAGGAGUGGGCGGCGUCAGAGUGGGCGCAGCACGGCGCUGGCGGCGCCCGCAGCGGGUGGGCCGACAACACCAGCAACAAUCACGGCAACUGCAAGAAGGGUGGCGGGCCAAAUGAGAAACAGGCAGACCAGCCGAGCCCAACUGGCGGCGGGGAGCAGGCAGCCGCUGGGCAGGCUGAGGCGGCGGCGGCGGUGGAGCGCGCAGAGCGGUCCUUGGAGGGUCUCCUGCGCUUGGCUGCCGAGGCGGCGGCGGCCGGCGCCGCCUCAGCAACAGCAGUGGAGGCGGAGGCGCGCGCAGCGCUGGCGGAGCUGCGGGUGAGUGGCGCCUGGGAGCAGGCGGCGCAGCAGCGCGAACUGCAAAGACAUCGGCAGGAACAGCAGCAGGAGCAGCGUAGCGAGCAGCAGCAGCAGGCGAAGGAGGAUUGCGCUGCAUCAGCCGAGGCCAUAUCUGCAGCGAAAUCGCCCCAGCAACGGCAACGGGAGCAGCAGCAACCGGAGCAGCAGCAACCGGAGCAACCGGAGCAACCGGAGCAACAGCAGCAGCAGCAGCAGCAGCAGCAGCAGCAGCAGCAACAACAACAGCCACGGCAGCCCCAGGCGGCGCAGCAGCAUCAGCCGUCGCCGCCGCUGCAGCGGCAGCAGGAGGAGCAGCAGCCGCAGCAGCAGCACCCGCAGCAGCAGCACCCGCAGCUGCAGCAGCAGCAGCCGCCGCAGCAGCCUCAGCAGCAGCAGCAGCAGCAGCAGCAGCCGGGCUCCAGGGGUGCCACCUGCCGUCAGAUCGCAGCAUGCGCUGCGUGCAGCGCGGCCGAAGGCGCCGCAGGCGCGCGGCUGCACCUGUGCCGCGGCUGCCGUCUGGCGUGGUUUUGCUCUGACGAGUGCUACAUGGGCUACUGGCCGGCGCACAAAGCGGUGUGCCGCGAGGAGCAGGCGCGGCGGGCGGGGCAGGCGGCGAUGGCGGGGCCCGCGUAG